AUGGGUUGCGUUGGUCCCAAGUCCGUCAUUGAGGUCCGUGAGGGCAUGUCCUUCCUCGAUCUCUCCGUGCGCCAGAUUGAGCACCUCAACCGUAGCUUCAACGUCAACGUACCUUUCGUCCUCAUGAACUCCUUCAACACCGAUCAGGACACCCAGUCCAUUAUCAAGAAGUACGAGGGCCACAACGUCGACAUCAUCACCUUCAACCAGUCGCGUUACCCUCGCAUCAUCAAGGACUCGCUCCUGCCCGCCCCCAAGAGCUUCGACUCUCCCCUCCAGGACUGGUACCCCCCCGGACACGUACAUCUUCCUGUCCAAUGCCGACAACCUCGGUGCCGUGGUCGAUCUCCGCAUCCUGCAGCACAUGGUCGACUCCCAGGCCGAGUAUAUCAUGGAGUUGACUGA